GUUUUAACUGCUCAAAAUAUAUCCAAAUGUUGUCUAGAAGAUAAUGUGAAGCAUUCUUUGGAAGCUGACUUGUAACUCAGAUCCAUGGACCAUAAGAAUAAGAGCACUGUCAAAGAAUUUGUCUUGCUUGGAUUUCCAGCUACCAUGGAACUGCAAGGGUUUCUGUUUGUCAUAUUCCUUGUUGCCUACCUUUUGAUACUCCUGGAGAACAUUGUUAUCAUUGCUGUGAUCAAAACCAACCCUUGUCUUAAUAAACCCAUGUAUUUCUUCCUCAGCAAUCUCUCAUUCCUAGAGUCAUGGUAUGUUUGUGUGAUUGUUCCAAAGCUAUUGGUCAACUUCCUAGUGAAAGAAAACACCAUCUCUUUUGAAGGGUGCAUGACCCAGCUCUACUUUUUCAGCUCCCUUAUAUGUACAGAAUGUUUUCUUCUGGCAGUUAUGGCUUUCGAUCGAUUCGUGGCCAUCUGCAAUCCAUUGCGCUAUUCAACCAUCAUGACCCAACACCUCUGCAUGCAGUUAGCAGUUGGUUCAUGGCUAACUGGAUUCUUGGCUUCAAUGCUGAAGGUUGUCUUCAUAUCUCGACUGCCCUUUUGUGGUCCUAACAUCAUCAACCACUUCUUCUGUGACAUUUCACCCUUACUAAAUAUGGCAUGUGAAGACAUGACAGUGGCUGAAAUAGUGGACUUUGUCUUGGCCUUGAUAAUUCUGUUAAUCCCACUUUCAGUAACCAUUAUUUCUUAUAUCUGCAUUAUUGGCACCAUUUUAGGUAUUCCUACUGCCCAGGGACAGAGGAAAGCCUUCUCUACCUGUGCAGCUCACCUCACUGUGGUCACAAUCUUCUUCUCAGCUACUCUCUUCAUGUAUGCACGACCAAAGAGGAUCCAUCCUUUCGAUCUUAACAAACUAGUUUCUGUUGUAUACACCAUUGUAACACCAAUGUUGAACCCUUUCAUCUACUGCCUGAGAAAUCAAGAGGUCAAGGAGGCUCUGAAGAAGGUUUUCUGUAGCACCCGACCCAUCUCCCAAAACUUAGUGCCUAAGGUUGAAUGGGUCAGAUAA